AUGGCUCGGGAGAACGGAGACACCGGCAGCGGCGAGACGUGGAAGAAACAGGUCGAUGACAUCAAGAAGAUCUUUGAUUUUAAAGAAGUCCUCGGAACAGGGGCGUUUUCAGAGGUGGUCCUGGCCCAGGAGAAGCUGACCGGCCGCAUGUUCGCCGUCAAAUGCAUCCCCAAGAAGGCUCUGAAGGGGAAGGAGAGCAGCAUCGAGAACGAGAUCGCCGUGCUGAGGAGGAUCAAGCAUGAAAAUAUCGUUGCUCUGGAGGACAUCUAUGAGAGUCCGGACCACCUCUACCUAAUCAUGCAGCUGGUGUCGGGGGGAGAGCUGUUUGACCGAAUCGUGGAAAAAGGAUUUUACACAGAGAAGGAUGCGAGCACGCUGAUCCGACAAGUUCUGGAUGCUGUGAACUACCUGCACAAGAUGGGGAUCGUGCACCGGGACCUGAAGCCAGAGAACCUGUUGUAUUUCAAUCCACAAGACGAAUCUAAGAUCAUGAUAAGUGACUUUGGUCUGUCAAAGAUGGAGGGCAGUGGCGACGUCAUGUCCACAGCCUGUGGGACGCCAGGAUACGUGGCUCCGGAGGUUCUUGCACAGAAGCCGUACAGCAAGGCGGUGGACUGCUGGUCCAUCGGAGUGAUCGCCUACAUCCUGCUGUGUGGUUAUCCUCCGUUUUAUGAUGAAAACGACUCUAAGCUGUUUGAGCAGAUCCUUAAGGCCGACUACGAGUUCGACGCCCCAUACUGGGACGACAUCUCAGACUCCGCCAAGGACUUUAUCAGUUGUCUGAUGGAGAAAGAUCCGUCCAAGAGGUUCACCUGUGAACAGGCCCUCAGACAUCCCUGGAUCGCUGGGGACACAGCACUCUGCAAGAACAUCCAUGAGUCAGUCAGCCGGCAGAUCAGAAAGAACUUUGCCAAGAGCAAAUGGAGGCAAGCAUUCAACGCCACCGCUGUGGUGCGCCAUAUGAGGCGACUACAACUUGGCAGCAGCAUGGGCAGCAGUAUGGACGCCUCCAACCCCAGGCCGAGCCAGACGCAGAGGCCGGCCCAAAGCCAGAGCCAAGCGGGCCAGAACCAAACCGCUCAGAGCCAAAACAGCGGCCAGGCGGCGCCAAGCCAGGCCACCAACGGCAACGCCAGCAAGAACUCCUCCAUAGAUAACAACGUAGCCGCUCCACGCAAAGAAUGUCUCCCUGCGCCCGUCACCCCUUGCAGCCUGGCAUCUGCCGCCUCUUCCCCGGCCGCCGGAACGGAGCUGAACCGGCCCCACCAGUCGGCGGUGCCCGCCCCGAUGAUGACAGAGACCAAGUGACGGCAGGUCCCGCGGGGCACCAGCUGGGAGGCCACAGCUCUGUGAGAACGAGAGAGUCUAAGGUUUCAACAACAACGUAAAAAAGAAAAUGUGAAAGGGACGAGCAGAGAAGAUUGCCACCGUACUCUUCACCGUCCUUCCCGCUCUUGGAUGCGUUCUCUCUUGUUGGAUAUGCCGCCCAACUAGUUCCCCGCCCUGCUCGAAGGAGAGCAGAGGACUCCAUUACCCACAAAACCCUUACGACGAUUGACGCCGCCAUUGCCAUACGUUACGGCCACAAGGAUAGUUUGCAGGAUUCUUCUCGUAGCAUCAAGGCAUCCACUGACUCUCACCGAGCAAGUCUGCAUGGUCGGCUGCUCUGUGCUUACGCUGCAACUUUUGGUGGGGGUGGGGCUUAUGGAAUCUGGGCUGUCCUGUUUCGGCUUAUUCCGAUUUUUUUUCUUUUUCAAUUUUUGACUGUUGGCAACUGGAUUGUUUGGUUCUUUCUUCUUCCUGUUCAUUUUAAAGGCGGCAUGUGUAACUUUCA